AUGGAUACUCGUGCCGAUAUAAUUAAGAAGAUAGAGGACCUUACGGACCUCGAAUUUGCUGUUUUACUUUGCUUAAUUGCCAAAGAGAAUUGCUUGAUUGAUACCCCAUCCAGCACGUUGGAUGACCUUGUCAAAGAAUUGAUAUUAAUUUCUCGAGAUAUAUUUGGCCUGUCUUUUGCUGUUAUUGACUGCACUGUCGACACAUCUCUUGAAGAGUUCAAUACCACCAUAUUGGAACGUCGACGACGACCAUCCGAACUCCUUCAAAGGGAAGAAAAUGUUUCAAAGCGCAAUUAUACCGAUGUCUCCACAAGGGGUCAUGACAGAAAUGAAACAGUCAACGUUAUCAUUGCCAAAAAUUAUGACCACAUCUCCCAGAGUAUACAAGUACAGACACUGGAGAUGCUACGCACCAGGAGAAUUCAUACCAAAACCGCUACAUAUAGUGUUCCCAACAAUUUUGUCUUUAUACCCAUUCUUGCUUCUGAGAUGCGACAGCUAUCUUCUCGGUUAAACAACCACUUAAACGAACAUAUAUCUAUCUCUCACUAUCAUGAUCCAUCCGUCGGCUUUGUAAACCUAGAAGGCGACGGUAGUUCCCUAGUUGACGAAAGAGGCUUUCCAUCUUCCGCUGCUUGGAACUCAUCCUACACAGCCAAGUUGACUGAAAAAAGUGUGGUAAUUUCGGAAGAGGAAAUUGACUAUUUAAGGGGCUUAAUUCCGAGCGUGACGGUAUCUACUGAAGUAUACUGCUAUACUGAAAAUAUUAUCAACUUUCUUCGCUUCAAUCGAGCCGUAUUCUGCGGAAUAACAGCCCCCGCCACACGCCAGUUCCAUAAGAUGGUCAAAUGCCUUGCGUCUCUACAUGGAGUUGACUACGCCCCGCCUUCCCUUGUGGCUUUGGCAGCGAAGAAGAUUUACCGCCAUCGUAUCACUGUUGCAAAGCCUCAGGAAGACCGCAGUAUGAUGUAUGGCAGUGAUAUUAACGCUGUCGAGAAGAUUCUAUCGUCGGCAACUCCAGACAGCAUAGUUGAAGAUGUAUUGGCUGAAGUCGAAGCGCCCUUGUGA